GCUAAUGGGAAAUCUGCUCUCCCCAGCAAAAUCGGAGUGAGGAAAGAGGGAAUCACUUGGAACUUUCUGGAGCAGCCGAGUUUGAAAGUUAGAUGCGGAGUCCCAGGGAAAGGGUGCUACGGGGAAAGAUCGUUUACAAGCCUGUUUCCUUUCCUGUGAAUAUCUCAUUUCAGAACUUGAGGAUUUUCGGCAGAUUCUUGGCAAAGAUGGCAACCAAUGAUGCUGUUCUUCAGAGACUGGAACAGAAGGGGGCAGAGGCAGAUCAAAUUAUUGAAUAUCUUAAGCAGCAAGUGGCUCUUCUUAAGGAGAAAGCAAUUUUGCAGAGAACUCUGAGAGAGGAGAAGAAACUUCGAGUUGAAAAUGCAAAACUGAAGGAAGAAAUUGAAGAAUUGAAACAAGAACUAAUUCAGGCUGAAAUUCUAAAUGGAGUAAAACAAGUCCCAUUUCCAUGUGAUACUCAACUGCAAGCUAAUGCUGCACUUUCCACAAAAGUGAUAGAGUCUACACUGACAACAACCAUACCUCCUGGUGCCAAAGAACAGAUAAACAGAGGAGGAGAAGAAAAGAAGGCGAAAGGGAAAAUGGAAAAGAAAGGUGAGAAGAAAGAGAAAAAACAGCAGCAGUCAGAAACAGGAAGUGCUGAUUCAAAGCCAGUUGAUGUUUCCCGCCUGGAUCUUCGGAUUGGUUGUAUCACCGCUGCCAAAAAACAUCCUGAUGCAGAUUCUUUGUAUGUAGAAGAAGUAGAUGUGGGAGAAUCGGUACCAAGAACAGUUGUCAGUGGCCUGGUGAAUCAUGUUCCUCUUGAACAGAUGCAAAAUCGGAUGGUGAUUUUACUCUGUAAUCUGAAACCUGCAAAGAUGAGGGGAGUGGUGUCACAAGCAAUGGUGAUGUGUGCUAGUUCCCCAGAGAAAGUUGAAAUCUUGGCUCCUCCUCAUGGGUCUGUUCCUGGAGACAGAAUUACUUUUGAUACUUUCCCUGGAGAGCCUGACAAGGAGCUAAACCCUAAGAAGAAAAUUUGGGAGCAAAUCCAGCCUGAUCUUUACACGAAUGCUGAGUGUGUAGCUACGUACAAAGGUGUCCCCUUUGAGGUGAAGGGCAAAGGAGUGUGCAGGGCUCAGUCUAUGAGCAACAGUGGAAUCAAAUAAAGUGAAACACUUCAAUCACAGACAUCCACAGAAGAAAGUUUUAAUAACAAUAAAAAGGAAUGUGUGUGACUUA